AGCACCUCACGCGGGGAAAUUACAAGUCUAGGCAGACGGACAUGCAACUUCACCUACCAACUGCCAACUACCACAGUGAAUUGAAUGAUGUCUGUUUCGUGCGUUUCCGCCGCAAUUGCCGCCGCAAUUGACGCUGAUUUAAUGUUCAUCGGCGCGUUCUCCAUUGAUCAAUUGAUGGAGCUUGCAGGUCUCUCCGUAUCACAGGCCGUUUUCCGAGAGUAUCCCGUGAAAACACACACUAAUGUGCUAGUGUGCUGCGGCCCUGGAAACAACGGGGGUGAUGGUCUAGUCGCUGCUCGCCAUUUGUGGCAGUAUGGCUACAAGCCUGUUGUCUACUAUCCAAAGCCGACGCCGAAAGAUCUCUACCAACGUUUAUGUCAGCAAUUGCGGGAUCUGAAUGUUCCCGUGUACACGAAACACGAAGAUUCCGACUUUCGGCAUCUGCUCACAUCCUCUAGUCUCGUUGUAGACGCCUUGUUCGGAUUUAGUUUCAAGGGUCCUCUGCGUGCGCCGUUCGACAGCAUUCUCGAAGCCAUUAUAGGUUCCAAGUUGCCAGUGCUUUCGGUAGACGCCCCGUCGUCUUGGGACAUUGACAAGGGACCCGAUCACGAAGGCCCAUGCAAGGGAUUUAUGCCAUCGGUGCUUAUUUCACUCACUGCUCCAAAGCCUUGUAGCUUGUUCUUUAGGAAUAAGCAUUACCUCGGUGGCCGCUUUGUGAGCAAGGCUUUGCUCAACAAGUACCAUCUCGUGCUGCCUCCUUAUCCUGGCAUGGAUCAGAUCGUUGACAUAACAGGCUCUAAACUGGAGACGGAGGAGAGUGCUUAACCGCAGCGAAUGUGGACCACAAGCUGAGACCCUAUCUUGAGGAAUUUGUAUUAGGAGCGAGCAUCUGGUAGGAUCUUCGGGAAUGGUCUCCAGAUUUCUUUUGACUACUACAGUUCAGUUCAGUUCAGUUCAGUUCAAUGCAAUGAAACGACACGAUCUAUGUCCUACGAACAAACGACUUGCUUACGCCCACCUCCUGCUCCCCACCAUCUCCACUCUUCUACAGCCUUCCCAUUCCUUCCUGCUUACUCGGAGGCAACAAACUCACCACCAUA